CGCGGCGAGGGGCUGUCCUGCCGAGAUCUCUGUCAGCCAAGCAACGAUAGUGGCACAUCUGCUCUCCAGGCGUCAUGAGGCCCCUGCUUCGGGGUCCGGCGGGAAACGAUGAUGAGGAAAGCUCGGACAGCACCCCGCUCCUGCCUAGCGCCCGGCAGAUCGAAGCGGCUCCAGCGUGCUGCUCUGCUCGGUACAAUUUAGCACUGUUGGCAUUCUGUGGUUUCUUCGUUCUCUAUGCUUUACGGGUGAACCUGAGUGUGGCGCUAGUGGACAUGGUAGAUUCCAACAGCACUCUGACCGAUAACAGAACUUCCAAGGAGUGUGCGGAACACUCUGCCCCCGUAAAAGUCCACCACAACCACACAGGUAAAAAGUACCAGUGGGAUGCAGAAACUCAAGGGUGGAUUCUCGGCUCCUUUUUUUACGGCUACAUCGUCACACAGAUCCCCGGGGGGUACAUGGCCAGCCGAAUCGGAGGGAAGCUGCUGCUGGGCCUGGGCAUCUUAGGCACCGCCGUGUUCACCCUGUUCACACCCCUGGCCGCCGACCUGGGAGUGGUGGCGCUUAUCGUGCUGAGAGCACUGGAAGGACUCGGGGAGGGUGUCACGUUUCCGGCUAUGCAUGCCAUGUGGUCCUCCUGGCUCCCCUCUGGAAAGAAGCAAGCUUCUCACCAUUUCUUAUGCAGGAGCACAGCUUGGGACAGUAAUCUCACUUCCUCUUUCCGGGAUAAUUUGCUACUAUAUGAAUUGGACUUAUGUCUUCUAUCUUUUUGUAUGAAGGCAUUUCAUGUCUUAAAUUGA